CCUACAUGGAUAAUCUAACUCACUAGCCAGCAAACGUUUUACAGGCGAAGACGAAAAAUCAUAUCGGUGUCAAAUGAAGAAUUUAGAUCUUUUACUGAGAAUAAAUACCAAUGUUACAGAUCAGAGCCUCUGGACCAAUAUAAAGACCUCCUGCUUCAAGAAGUUUGAGCUACCGCAUGCUAAGACAGUACCUGGAACGGCAUGGACUCUCUCCUGAGAUACAGUGGAGGUAGCAGCGGCAAGCAAGCAUUUAUAUUGGAGGAUGAUACAAACAUGUCUAUCAACCACUGGAAUCCUAAGACUGGGGUCUCCAUAGAGACAUGAACUGUUGAUCUACCGUAUGUUAUUGUGCAUGUGCAGCCCAAGAAUUAGACCUGGACCGCACGCAAUGUCUCCUUUCACCGCCAUGGGGGUUUUUUGUGGAUUGUUCCUUCCUCUGUCUCUCAGUGAAUACAACACUCUGAACUGUAUCCCACGGAAAAGUGUCCUCUACCAGAACAAUAUGAAGCUGUUCAGAGAGGAGGGGAUUUGGAACUACUCCACCAUGUUGGUUCGAGAAGAUCUGGGCCUGCUGCUUCUUGGGGCUCGAGAGGUUGUCUAUGCAUUGAACAUCUCUGAUAUCUCCAUCAAGAAAGCUGUGGUAUAUUGGCAGGUCACGGAUGAGAAACAGAAAGAUUGUAAAUACAAAGGGAAACACGCUGAGAUUGAAUGCCGUAACUACAUACGGACGCUACAUAAAGUAGAUCACAGCCGAAUGUAUGUGUGCGGGACUAAUGCUUUCAGCCCCAUCUGUGAUUACAUGACAUACUCUGAAGGAAAACUGACGCUGGAGAAUACGUUGGAAGAGGGAAAAGGGAAAUGCCCCUUUGAUCCCUUCCAGAGAUACUCUUCCAUCAUGGUUGGAAAUGACCUGUACUCUGCUACGUCUAUCAACUUCCUGGGAUCUGAGCCUGUGGUUCUUCGCAGCUCCAAUUCUUCACUACGCACUGAGUUCAAGAGUUCAUGGCUUAACGAGCCCAACUUUGUGUACAUGGACCUUGUCCCAGAGAGCAUGAACAACCCAGAGGGCGAUGAUGAUAAAGUCUACCUGUUCUUCAGUGAAAACGCUGUGGAGUAUGACUUCUACAACAAGCUUGUGGUGUCAAGAGUGGCCCGUGUUUGCAAGAAGGAUAUGGGUGGCCAGCGGACUCUCCAGAGAAAGUGGACGUCAUUCCUGAAGGCCCGUCUGGACUGCUCUCUACCAGAGCCCAGUCUGCCCUCUGUUGUACAGGAUGUCUUCCUAGUCAAAGACAGUGACUGGGGCAAAAGUGUUUUCUAUGCAGUGUUCACUCCCCAGUCGAGCUCGUCCGACGUGUCUACAGUGUGUGCAUACAAUAUAUCAGCCAUAGGACACUUGUUUGAUACAGGGAAGUUUAAGACACCAGUGACUGUUGAGACGUCCCAUGUGAAGUGGGUCAUGUACAGUGGAGAAGUGCCCACCCCUAGACCUGGAGCUUGCAUUAACAACGCAGCGCGGUCCCAUGGGAUGAUGAGCUCCCUGGACCUGCCAGACAAGACCCUGCAGUUCAUCAGAGACCGGCCUCUUAUGGAUGACGCUGUGCCCCCGUUGACUGGGCGUCCGCUGCUGGUCAAGAAAGGGGCCAAGUUCACACGCCUUGUGGUGGACAACGUGCUAGCUCUCGACGGAGAGAGAUACGCAGUGUUGUUCAUUGGCACAGAGAAUGGAUAUGUGCAGAAGGCUGUCAACUAUGCUGGGGAGAUGUUUAUCAUUGAGGAGAUACAGCUGUACCAGACCCCAGAUUCUAUCAAGACCAUGCGUCUCUCCUCAAGCACGGGUCAGCUGUAUACAGGCUCAGACUAUGGAGCUGUGCAGAUGCCUCUGAGUGACUGCGGCCGCUAUGAGUUGUGUCUGGACUGUGUCUUGGCCAGAGACCCUUACUGUGGCUGGGACCUGUCUGCUGGCCUCUGCUCUGAUGUGUCCAACUCAAAAUAUGCCUCAGAAAUCACUUCCUACUUCUCUGGGAAAAUUAUUCAAAGUCUUAAAGAGGGUGAUAUCUCAAAAUGUCCCAAAUCAGAGACAGUGAAGCCAGAGAAUUACACCCUAUUUCCUGGAAACAACAUCAAGCUGCCAUGCCAGCCUGACUCCAACCUGGCAGUGGUACACUGGAUUUUCUCAGGACAACCUCUGCCCUCUGACACCAAGCAUUACAUAUACAACGAAGGCCUCCUUAUCCUCAAUGCCUCGGCCGACGACGCCGGCCAAUACACCUGCGAGUCUGAAGAACAGGUCAACAGCAGGACAAUCACCAGGACUAUGGCAAUCUAUCGGUUGCAGCCCAACACACACACGGGGGGGAGUGAGACGACAACAGAGCCCCCCUAUGGCCACAGUACCGCAGGACCAGAGGUAACGGAGGAAACGGACCCUUUGGAUCCCCCCCUGCCCCCUGCUUCACGAAGUGAGGAUCACAGGGUUGUAGGCCUGCAGGUGGCGGUGGCUAUUCUCUCUCUGAUGCUGGUCGGCCUGGUAGCCUGGAACCUGUAUAAAGGACAAUUUAGAAAGAGGUCCUCAGCGACCUCAGGAGCUGGCCAGUUGAAAAACCCAUCCAUUAACUACACGCACAUUCAAAACAGUCGGACUUCAGAGAUCAAGCCGCUGAGAACUGCACCCAUUCAUAAUGCUAACAAUAAUCACUGUGCUAUCAUUACCUUAAAAGGGAAUGGGGAGCAAAACUUCUCCUCUGGAGGGAACACUAUGAAUGUGGAUGGUUUGGGGUACAUUCAUGAUGAAUCGGAGAUCUGACCCCAUUGGGAGUUUGCUCUUCUUUCACCAGGCAGCUGAUUAAGGCCAUGUCUGGCUAAUUUACUUGUGUUAGAGGCAAAUAUUUGUAAGAAUAUUUCAGCCACUUCAUCUGUAUGUGGAAUUUAUUUUGUUUUUCAUGAGGCAAAAUCCAUGAAAGCUCUGAAAUGUGUGGCAGGAAAAGAAGUAAAAGCAAAUUCCAUGCUAGAAUCUCUGAAUACAAUAAAUUGGCUUAGGAGGGGUUGAGGGAAUGAAUAGCCAACACACUGCUUGAGUGAUGAAGGUUGGAAUAUGCAGAUAGAGAAAAGACACAUGCUUUCUUUGAUAGGUGGUGCGUUUUUUUCUACCCUCCCAAUUUCGUGAUAUGCAUUUAUGGCCUUGGCAAGUCAUCACAUAUCAACAGCAUGUGCAGGAACACUCCAAUAUUGUAAUGUUUCCUGCAAAGAAAAGGCUGUUCUGUUUUUACCACACUGCUCGGUUAACCAGGAUGUUUACGCCAGCACACACAGGAGAUUAAGUCAUUCUUAACAAAAUCACUAAAUCCCACGAUUAACUAUUUUGUACAGUCAAACAGGUGUACAUAUUGUAUUAAGUAUUAUUUAUUUGUAUUUUCCAUCAAAACCCAGUAACCUGAAUACAAUAUAAAAAAAAAGAUGAUCAAAUUCAUGUAUUUGUUGUGUAAUGGCUAGUGAAAACCCUUUCACAAAAUUGACAGAAUAUAUUCCAGGUCAAGCAUGGUGAUGAAAGUAUGAUGUUUUGCAAUAUAAGGACCUGGAAAACUUGCCAUCCUUCAAGGAACCAUAAAUUCUGCUCUGUAUCAGAGAAUUCUAAGAGAAGCUGGCAGAAUCUGAAGCACACCUGGUGUAAGUCCACAUCGGGGUAACUGAUGGCCUAGCAUUUAGAGCACCAAAAAAAUAACCAAAAGGUUGGUAGAGGUGUUGUUCUGUUACCUGAGCAGGAUGGACCGUAAAGCCAAUUGGAGCAGUUAAAUCAGAGCAGUUGAAAUGCAUUGUAGUUCAUCGACACCUACAGGAAGCAUUUGGUUUUACACACAAGAAACUAAGUAUAAGGGCACACAAUGGUUUUCACAUGGGGGCAUUGGUUGUUGCUGAAAUUUGUCUAUGGAAUAAAACAUUUAAAAAUGUA